AUGAUUGCGUUACAAAAUCACGCUAUCUUGCCUCCUCCCGCCAAAGUGGAUAUCUCACUGCUGCUGAAGCCUCAGAAUGAAGAGGAAGCCGCCUCGGUGACUACAGCGCCUAGCUACCAACCCAGCGCAAUCCCACCACCCUCGGUGGCACCGACGUUGCCAGUGGCUGCCCCAGCGUCGUUGUCCUCGGUCCCUCCAGUGCCCCAGCUUACGUCCAAGAUCCCGGCUACGGUGCCUGCCAAGCGCCUUCAACCUGCCCACACAGCAGAGUCGCCGGCUAAGAAGCAAUCCAAGUGGUCCCCGGAGGAAGAUGCCCUGAUUAUUGAGCUACGAGGGAGUGGCAUGAAAUGGGAGGAUAUUAGCAAACGGCUUCCUGGCCGAAGUGCCAUCAGUUGCCGUCUACAUUAUCAAAAUUAUUUGGAACGUAGAAGUGAGUGGGAUGAGGACAAGAAGAACAAACUUGCGAGGUUAUAUGAAAGAUUCAAGGCAGAGAUGUGGUCAAAGGUAGCAGAGGAGAUGGCCAUUCCGUGGAGGGCUGCAGAAGCCAUGCACUGGCAACUGGGAGAACAGGAAAUGGCGCGUCGAGCGGGAGUAGUCCCAUUCUCAUUAUCAAGUACCGCCAUAGAUCCACCAGCGCCCCGAACUCGCAGAGCCAGCACGUCUCUAGCUCGACCGAGAAAAGGAUCGACAUCUCGUCCAAUCCCUCCUCCGCCGCAACUUCCUUCGGUGGAAGAACUUACCGCUGGAGUUCCUGCAUUUGCACCGCACCCAACUUUUCCGGCUCCUCGCGAACCCUAUAGAUUGGGGCGACCCUUGGACCUGGGUGGUCACAGUGGUCAUUUGGGACCCAACCUCGGUCUGCCCCCUCGAACCCUCCCGUAG